GAAUUAUGGGAGAAAGAGCUCCUCGUCUCGUUCUUUUUAAGUUAUAGACAUUAUAAGACUUUUGUUUUCCAGGAGGCACGAGUACUCUUACCCCUCAGCCAAUGAGGACAAGCUGAGGUUAAAUAUUGCACACAGAGUGAUAAAGCCGAGAACCGGCAGAUUUGCUGUCAUGCCCUAGUAGGCUAUCAUCCAUAUAUAUUCAGACUGUACUUAGAUCCAGUUGAAACAGACUGACUGUGUGAUUAGACCAAUGUCAGCUCAGAUUUAUUCCUCGCUAAGGUCCUGUGCUCACAGUCUCAGAUCUGUGGAUGGAUUCAAACACAGCAAGACUUGGAAAUUAUGCAGCACAAGUUUACUCCAGUGGUGUCGGUCAGUCCAUGUGGACAGUCCUCCUUACAUCCCCUCUCUGACUACUAGCUAUGUCCAUGGUACAUCGUCCAUCUCACUGCUCCCACUGACUGUAGGCCAGUGCCUGGACACCACAGCCCAGCGUUGGCCUGACCGUGAAGCUGUGGUCUUCCUGCAAGAUGGCAUUCGGAAAACCUUUGUGCAGUUUCAGCAAGAUGUUGACAAGAUGGCUGCAGGUCUGCUUGCUUUGGGUAUGAAGCGGGGUGACCGACUUGGGGUUUGGGGGCCGAACACAUAUGAGUGGAUCCUUUUCCAGUUUGCUUCAGCCAAGGCUGGAAUUAUACUGGUGUCACUGAACCCAGCUUAUCAGGUGAAGGAACUGGACUUUACUCUGAAGAAGGUCCAGUGCAACGCAGUGGUCUGCCCUACACGCUUUAAAACACAAAACUUCUGUGAGAUGCUGAGGGAGAUCUGCCCAGAGAUCGGCACGAUGCCAGCAGGCAUGAUCAAAAGCUCCAGGGUGCCGGACAUGCGGAUGGUGAUUGUGACAGAUAGCAGACAGCCAGGGAUGCUCCACGUAGAGGAUGUGAUGCAAGCAGGGGAGAGUCGGCACCACAAAGAGCUGAUGGAUCUGCAGAGCAAGCUGUCCUUCGAUGAACCCAUCAACAUUCAGUUCACAUCAGGAACUACAGGGAGUCCUAAGGGAGCCACUCUUUCCCAUCACAAUAUUGUAAAUAACGCCUACUUUGCGGGUCUCCGAAUUGGAUAUGGAUGGAGACCUCAGGUGCGAGUGUGUGUGCCUGUACCCAUGUACCACUGCUUUGGCUCUGUGCUGGCAGGGAUGAGCAUGGCGGUGCAUGGUGUCACGCUGGUUUUCCCAUCCUCUGGCUACAACAGCCAAGCCAACCUAGAGGCCAUUCAGAGCGAAAAGUGCAACGUUGUCUAUGGCACCCCCACAAUGUUCACAGACAUGGUUAGCCAGGAUCUACACAAGUUUGAUUUGUCAUCAGUUGAAGCUGGCCUCAUGGGAGGUGCUCCGUGCCCUUCUGAGAUUAUAAGAAAACUAAAAACAGACAUGAACAUGAAAGAGAUAACGAUAGUUUAUGGAACCACUGAGAACAGCCCGCUUACGUUUAUGGGAUUUCCACAAGAAAACGAGGAGCUGAAGCUAAAUACUGUUGGGUGUAUCAUGAACCACACUGAGGCUAAAGUGGUGGAACCUACUACUGGGGAGAUUGUCCCCCUGGGAACCCCAGGAGAGCUGCUGAUCAGAGGAGCGUGUGUGAUGCAUGGAUACUGGGAUGAUCCUGAGAAAACCAGUCAGGCUAUCUCCCAGGACCGCUGGUACAGAACUGGCGACACAGCCAGUCUGAACAGUCUGGGAUACUGUCGCAUUGAAGGACGCUUAAAGGACAUGAUCAUCCGAGGAGGGGAGAACAUCUACCCCGCUGAGAUUGAACAAUUUCUCUUCACACAUCCCAAAGUACAGGAGGUGCAGGUGGUUGGAGUGAAAGAUGAGAGGCUGGGUGAGCAGGUGUGUGCCUGCGUCAGACUGAAGGAGGGCCAGACCUCCAGUGCAGAGGAGAUAAGAGUGUUCUGCAAAGGCCAGAUCUCUCACUUCAAGAUCCCACACUAUGUGCUCUUUGUAGAUAGCUACCCUCUGACAGCCUCUGGAAAGAUCAAGAAGAAUGCAUUAAAGGAGAAGAUGGAGGAGAAAUUAGGUCUUUAAAUUUUGUGGACUAGAUUUCUGUUAGCUUCACAUCCAAUGCACAACAUCUCACUCCUCAUUACAUUACAGUUCUGUUUUAAUGUUUAUAUAAAAGUUGUUGGUUUAUAUCACCACUGAGCUUGAAG